CUCCAUGCUCCCUCCUUUGAUUUGCAUCGACUGCCACCCAUGACGCUGAACAUUGCUGAGAUCCCCGCCGCCUAUCUACUCGCAGGUGUCGCGGCCCUGGCCUCCACCGCCAUCAUCGUCCGCUCGAUUCGCUCGUCCAGCCAGCCCAAGCUGCCGGGUCCCAAGGGCCUUCCCUUCGUUGGGGCCCUCCUGGACUUCCAGCCUUACCGAGACAACUACCAAACCAACGUUUACUUUUGUAAAGUGGUCGAGGAAUACGGUCCCAUCUGCGAGAUUCCUCUCUUUGGCGCCCAGCUGAUCUUCACCUGCGAUGCCGCCACCACAAAGCUGAUCCUCAACACCCCAGCUCAGUUUGGCCGCGACGACACCCUGGUUCCGUCCUUUGCUGGGUUUUCCAAGAACAGCCUCUUCUUGCUCCCGACCUACAACGGCGACGCAGUCUGGAAGCGGCACCGCAAGUUCCUUCAGCCGGCCUUCAGCCCGACCCACCUCAAGCACGCAUUUGAGGUGUCUCUUGUGGCUGCCCAACAUGUCGACGCCGUCAUUCGCUCGUAUACUGCCAAAGCCGAGCCCGUGAACGUAUUUAACCUCUUUCAAAAGUUUACGAUCGACGUUAUCGGCCAGGUCGCAUUCUCACAAAGCUUCAACUCGGUCCUGGCUGAGAUUGACGAGGGCGCCAAGAACCCCAAGCUCGACCACGUCAUCCAUCUCAUCCAUGACAUGCUCGAUAUCAUCCGAAAGAGAAUCAACAACCCUGUGGGCUUUCUCUGGGGAAUCUAUGGUUAUGGCCAUGCCGAUUCUCAGAAGAUCGGGGCGCCCAUCCGCGAUUUUGUCAACGACUUGAUCGCCCUGAAGGUGGAGACUCUCAAGAGCUCCUCGCCCAAGGACGAGAAGGAUAUGGAUGUGCUGGACCGACUCCUCGUUGACCAAGGCACCGAGGAUGAGAGAUUCAACAACGAGGAAAUCAUCGAUGAAGUCUUUGGGUUCUUCAUGGCCGGACACGAGACAACAGCCAAUGCCAUCACCUGGACCCUGUUCUGCCUGUCGGAGCGGCCCGAUAUUUGCGACAAGAUCCGCACGGAACUCGAUCAAGUCCUUGGCAGCGACCGCCCCUUCGCCUGGGAGGAUCUUCCGCUGUUGAAAUACCUCGAGGCCUGCAUCAAGGAAGCCCUCCGUCUCCACCCUGUCGCAGCGCUCCUGGCCAGGAUGUCGAUGCAGGAUGUCACUGUGCUGGGAUACAGGUUCCCAAAACAUAAGCUCUUCUUUGUGGAGAUCGAGGCUCUGCAUCGCAGCGAGCGCUACUGGAAGAAUCCCAAAGAAUACCGACCCGAGCGAUUCCUGGAGGAUGAAAUCAUUCCGGGAAGCUACCUGCCGUUUGGCGACGGCCAACACAACUGCAUUGGUCAGAAGCUUGCCAUGAUCGAAAUCAAAGUCGCCGUCGCCACCAUCCUGAGAUCAUUCUCAUUCACCCGCACGCCCAACCAACAGAUUGUGCCCGCAUCAAUUCUGACGCUCGGUCUGAAGCACGGGCUGCUCCUCGAUUUCAAGCAGCACUAGCUGUCUCGAGCCGCUGCUUUUGUUUCGCUUUGCGGCUUUGCGCCUUUGCGGCUUUGCUACCUCUGGAUAUAUCGGCUCCUGCGUCAGAGUGCGAGGGGAAUAGUUGUAGUUGUUUUGCGUGGCCUUCACUUGAAUACAUCCACUUGCAGCAGUC